CAAAAUAUUAUGUUCGAAGAAUUGAAAGAAAGAUGGUAAACAGUGAAACUUGAACAUUUUUUUUGAGAGUGUCUCUUAAAUGAAGUUUUCCGAUAAUAACAUUGCAUUUUUAAUUACAUUCACUACGAACAUUUGCGGCCCAGUUUAGUGAUUAAUACAAUGAAUGAUUGAAUGAGAAGCACAACAUUACUGGGCACACUAAACCUUAUUCAAUUGAUUCGACGAAAGAAGAAAGAUAAAACCAUCGUUGCUGUUGUUGAAAAACUAGGUCGAUCCUGCGAUGUCGGCAAAAGUAGUAUAUGAAAUCGGUCACAUUGCAUCGUUGAAAAGUAAAAUUACACCGGAAGGUUUCACACAUGACUGGGAAUUGUAUGUACGCGGUUGUGAUGCGGCGGACAUAAGUCAUUACAUCGACAAAGUGGUCUUCAAUUUGCAUGAAUCAUUUCCGAGACCGAAACGAGUGUUCAAGGAGCCACCAUAUUCGCUGAAAGAGUCUGGCUAUGCAGGAUUUGUGCUGCCCAUUGACAUUUACUUCAAAAACCGUGACGAUCCAAAGAAGGUAACCUACACUUACGAUUUGAAUCUGCAAAAUACUGGCACCAUCACCAAUGUGGAUAAGAAAGUCCAGGUGUUCAAGAGUCCAUCGGAUGAUUUUCGGAGAAAGCUUCUAAAAGGCGGAGGUUUCAUGGUCAACAAUUUCCCGAACAAUUCGGAUGAGAAGUCACGAGAGCAGGACGAACGAGCUCAGUUGAUCAGUAAGCCGAAGUUGGGCGGAUCUGAAUUAAGUGGCAAAAAAUACAAAUCAAAGUCCGAUGAAGCCAAAGUUUCGAACACAUACACCAAUCUGUUCGGUCCGAGUGGAAGUAAAACUGCAGCGAAAGUUUCACCAGAUGCGAAAAAAGCGUCCACAUCGAGUGCUGGCGCUAAGCAACCACAAAAGUCGGAAAAGACGUCACGUGACAAGUCGGACAAGGAGAAGAAGGAAAAGAACAAACAUAACAGUCCGAACAAAGAGAAAACUGAUGCCAGAGAGGUUUCCCGGAAAACACAUGACGACAAACACGAAAAACGUGAGGAGAAAAAGAAAGACAAAUCCCAUUCAAAAGAGCGUGGCCGGAGCAAGGACAAAAUUUCAACUGCUAAACAGGACCCGAGUCCGAAACGAGCCACACAAAGUCCAAAACGACCGAGCCCCAGUCGAAGUGCGUCUGCAUUAUCCAAAACUGAUGACACCCAGUCGUCAGUCAAAAGCUUUCCGAAGCAAACGGAGCCGAACGAUCGACCCAGCAGUAGUGCUAAAAAACCGAAAAAGGACAAAAAGGAAAAGAAUUCCGAUAAGGAACGUGACCGGGAACGUGCAAAAGAUCAAAAACAGAAAGAGGAACGACCGUCAAGCAAAGUCUCAGAUAAAAUUGAUCUCAAGAAAGAAAAGGAGUCAGGGAAUCGGAAUCAGAAAGACAAGGCUAAAGUCAAUGAUGUGAAGCAGUCAAAUCCAACGACAGAUCAGGUCACCGAGCCGGUAACAAUUACUCCGAUUGAAAAGAAAUCGGAAAAGGAUCCGGACCGUAAGCACAAGCACAAGAAGAAGGACAAAAACAAGGACAAAGAAAAGGAGCACGCCAAGGAACGAAAAAAGGAAAAAUCAUCAAAGUACAAGGAAGACGUUAAAAUGGCCAAUACAUCGCCACCAAAGAAGUCAGAACAACCUCAAGCAUCACAACUACCUCAACAACAAACCAAAGUGAAUCCACUUACAACAUUGCUGAAUGAAAUUGAUGAGAAGGCGUCAAGCGACUCGGAUGACGACCAUUCGAAGCCAUCGAUUAACUUUUCACAACCAAUACCUGCAAAACUGAUAGAUAACAUGCCGAAACCUGCCGACGAUCCACAGCCAACGAAGUCCGAAAAACAGCUGGAUAAAGCCGAAAAGCCCGCAAAACGAGCCAAAAAGGAAAAAGAAACCAAAACUUCCGACAAAGAAGACAAAAAGCGAAAACGAAAAAGCAAAGACGAAACGCCAUCACCAGCAUUUUCCGAGCCACCACUCAAGCAGUCAAAGAAAGAGGAAAACGGAUCCCUGUCAUGGCGCAAUGACGUUGGUGCUAAUUUCAUUUCAGCCUCUCAAAAUACCCCACCGCCACACCGAAUCGACGCAAUAAGUCGAUCAUCUCCACUUCCAAGUGCUCAAAAAUCCACACCGUCGCGAUCAUCGUCGCAGCGAGCUACACCGUCACCAUUAUCCACGAACACAGCACACCAUCAAUUGUCGCCGAAUUUGCAGCAACAACGGCAACAGAAAGAUUACAUGUCACAGUUGAAAGAAUUGCAGCACAAAAUUAUGUCUCUGGAAGACAAUAACGAACUUCAACAGGUGGUCGAAAUGAUCAUCGAAACGGGCAACUAUGAAAUCACCGGCGAGAAAACGUUCGACUUUGAUUUGUGCGCAUUGGAUCGUACGACCGUGCAACGAUUGCAAACAUUUUUUGCUACGUCGUCGUGUUGGUUGUAGAAUGGGCGUUAGUGGAGACGCACGGGAUGUUUCGAUUGAUUAUUCGAGCGCUCGAUUGUAAACCGUGCAAUUCGUUUGCUGAAGAAACGAGUGAACAAGACAAAGUAGAAAAG